ACCCUUAUUCUCUUGCAAAAUGCCGGAACAAUGCGACCCUAGAUACACUAUGUUGGAAUAACAUUUAGAAAAAAGAAGAUAGGUUGAUAAAAGUUAGAACACCUUUGAUCGAAGUUGACCGGGGAGCUAAUUCAACAGCAUUGAACACACGCCUACUUACCUUACAACAGUCAUAUCUGACACGAACUUAGGAGCGAGUUUCUGUGAUCACUCGGUCUGUUAGAAAUAGGAGCAAAAUCUUUCUCAAAUCGCACGAUACUGUCUUUGAAAGAAAGAAGGACAUAUAUGAUAAUGUAGUUUGUGACUAACUGUGUCCGAAAAGACAUGAUGGGGAAAGUGAGAAAUACCUUUGAACUUUAAUUCGUUCGACAAGGACUGACUUGUGACAAAACCACGACACAGAAAUGAUUAAAACCAGUUUCUUUUGCCUGUAUAUCCUAAGUAGUCGAGACAUCACAGCUACAUAACGCUACUCGGAGCUAACUUACGGUUAUAUUAACACCCCCAGCAACUAUCACACGGAUAUCUGCAAUGUUAAAUCAUGACCAAUUUAUUCAUUACCUACUUGGUGAAAUACUGUACGAAAAAAUAAACAAAUAAAAUACCAAAUUUGCAUAAGGAGACACGAAUACUUCUUACGAUAGACGAACAGUUAAUGAUUUCUAAUAGCGGCACAAAGAAAAUUACAAUCACAACAAACAACCAGGAAGCAGAAUAAGUGCGUGAAUUAUAAUUAAAGAAAAGUGGCAUAAGUAGAGAGAUUUUAGUAGAAAUACAGUCAAUUUAAUCGCCCCUAUGUAAUUGACAGGUACUCGAUGUAUCGACCCGCGAAGAAUUAAAGAGAAAGUGAACACCCGGAGAAAGAAAUAGUAAGAAGCGAAGAGGGAGGGGGUGGAGGUGUGUCUUACGUCACAGCCUCUUUGUGAGGUGAAACAUGGCAGCUACCGUGUUCAACAUCUUGGCAUGGUAACCAAGCUUUCAGUCUUCUCUUUUGGCUGCCAGCAGCAGCACGGAUCUAUGCUGCCUCUCUCACCCUUCGGAUACAUUACUAUAUAUUUCCCUAACAACCAGUAGAUGCAUACAAAAAGUGAAUGGAAGAUGUAAGAGGAGAUUAAAUGGAUAUCACAUCUAAAAAAUAAGAUGCUAUUUAACUUGAAAUAUUCCAAAACAGGAUGAUGUCUGAGCUUGGAGAAAACCCAACAUCGAAAAGAAGGUUAUUGAAACUCAAAGAAAAUUUCAAGAAGCAUUCAUACACAAUGUAGCAACACAUAAACUGAAACAAGGAGCUGCCAUUGAAGAUGAAUAACAUGCAUCAGAAUCCUGUUGAAGAAGGGGUCAAAAUUGUUGACUGCACACAAACUUGCAACAAAUUCGGACUUCAUUAUCAUGCGGUUUACCUGUGGUGUGUCAAAGACAUUUGUGGUAUAAUAUGUGCCAUGUUCACUUGGUUUCUAAUUGGAUAUGCAGAAUUUGCAGUGAUGUUCGUUAUCCUGAUUCCAGGACCAUCACAGCUGUAUUCAUUUAUCAAUGGAAUUAUCUUUAACAGUUUUGUUCUUCUAGCUCUGGGAGCUCACAUCCGAACAAUGUUAUCUGACCCGGGUGCUGUACCACGAGGGAACGCCACCAGAGAGAAUUUAAUGAAAUUAGGUUUGAAAAAAGGAGAAGUGGUUUUCCAAUGUCCAAAAUGUCUAAGCAUUAAACCAGAUCGAGCCCAUCAUUGUAGUGUUUGUCAACGAUGUAUACGAAAGAUGGACCAUCAUUGUCCCUGGGUAAACAAUUGUGUUGGAGAGAGCAACCAAAAGUUCUUCGUGUUAUUUACUCUCUACAUAUGUUUGAUGUCCCUUCAUGCUGCAAUGUUGUCCAUCAAUCAUUUUGUUGUUUGUAUUGGUAAAGACUGGAAAGGUAUCUCCAAUCUUCCAAUGGUGCUACUAAACAUUGUACUGAGUUUUGAUACUAGUAUGCCUUCAGUCAAUUUUGUUUGUCCAGCUUUCUCUCCACCUGCAACAACUGUCUUCUUAAUAAUUCUCAUAUUUGAAGGAAUUUUAUUUGGCAUUUUCACAGCUAUAAUGUUUGGUUCACAGCUUUCUGCUAUAUGCACGGAUGAAACAGGUAUAGAACAGCUAAAAAAAGAACAAGCUACCUGGGAGCGGAAAUCUCGUUGGUUAAGCAUUAAGUCAGUAUUUGGUCAUCCAUUUGGUUUGCAUUGGUUCUCUCCAUUUUCUAAGCCUCUUGGAUAUAAACUCCUACAUGAACAAUAUGCCGUCUAGAGCAAAACUGUUUAUCUUUGUUUUGUUUUGUUUGUUUGUUGAACUACAGCUGGCCACCCUGUGUCAGUGUGACUAGCCAUGAACUUGUGAUGUCAUCUGUUCAAACAACAUCCAUUCUUAUUCCAAACUGAAAACUGGAUCUCCUUUGUAUUUUUCCACCACCCAGGUACUUUAUAAAAGACAACCUGAUGGUUCUGUUGAUUAGAACAUGUACUCAUCUACGUUAAGUACAUAUUUCAGUGAAACUAUAAACAAAGUAACAUAAAAACUUCUCCAGAGACAACACCAGUUGUCAAUCAGUUUUAAUUUCUGACUACUUCUCAAAACUACUUCUACAGGACCAUACAAAUUAUGAAACAUCUACACCAACCAAACACAAACUUCAAACUUGAGAUCAUGCCUUACAAUUUACUUUUCUCAAUGUUGCUUAAUAUAUAUAUGUAUAUUUGUGUACUCACGCACACACAUACUUACGCAAAAUUGGUUACAUAUAUUCUACCACAUAUACUGUCAUUUUUCUACUUUUCCACAGAGUCUGCUUUUAUUCCUCUCAUCUCUAAGAAACAUUUAAUUUAUUGAAGAGCAUUUUGUCUGUGCUUGCUGUAAUUUUUUCCAACAUUUGACCCUAACUUUUUAUGUAAGUUAAAAGACAAAGUUGCUAUUGAAAUAUUCAUACACCUUAUGUCUGGACUCCAGAGAACUGUUAUUAUUUGUUCUGUAAUUUAUCCUGUCAUAUUUCAAAUGGUUCUCAGUUCAACUAUUCUAGCAAGACAACAAAAAAUAUGCCACUUCAGUUGUAAUAAAACAGUCACAUCAAGUGAUGUUAUUGCCUGUUACCAAAUCAAAUUGUCAAUUUCAUUUAACAAUCCUUUUCACAUUUGUUUUUGAUUUAUCUUUUUAUUGUUGAUGUAGAAAGUUUUAAUUUCUCAACUAAAUAUCAUUGGAUUUUAUUUUUUUAAAACAAUUUUAGCUAAUGCUUUGUAGCUAUUCAUUUUUAUCUUCUUACUGUUUUCAGUUGGAUCCACCCUUAUGUAUUCAUCAUUCCACAGGAAGUAUGUACAUUUUCUGGGUACAACUUUCAAACACAUUCAGUCAAGGCAACUUUUUUUUUAAAUGCCUUUUUUUUUUAACAAAUGCCUAUGGACAGUUAAUUUUUUAACCAAGUGAUAUUUUUUUAAUGGCUUGGUACUAAAAAGUUGUUUUGGAUGGUUUAAAUAUCAAUUUGGAAUUUAAUGUGGAUUUUGAAAGUAAAUUAGAAAACAUAGGUGUGCUUGACUGAAUGACUGACAGUAGAUGGGACUUGAAGAGCUUUGAAUGUGUUUGUUUUCCACCUGAACUAUUGAUUACUUGCUGGAAUAUUUUUCUAGUCACAGUUACUAUUCUGCCCUGUCUGUGAAUAGUUUAUUUUAGAGUGCAGCUGUGUAUUCUAAGCUGAUCAUUUCUAUAUCAUCAGUGUACAUGAUAUAGUGACUACUAAUCCAACAUAGUCUUUAUGACAAACUUAAUGGGCCAACACACCCUGACUGUGACAUGUGACUGUGACUUACUCAAUCUCCAGUAACAUAAUCUCCAUAGUGAUCACCUCCAAAUGAACAUCCUCAAUAUGCUACCUUCUGAAUUAACAAACCCAACAAGGUGACCUCCAUAUCAACAAAGCCUCGUUGUUCUCUUUGUAUGGUUAAAGUCAUUGUUUAGCUGUUGAAUUUUAUUAUUGAUAAUUUUUGUUUGUUUGUUUUUUUCACUAUGGAAAUGUUAUUUUUACAGGCAGAUGUUUUAAAUAUUAUGUUAUUUGUGUUAUAUGCUAUUGGGAGCUAUGUUAACUCUGUUACCCAGGCACAUUCUGCUGAGGUGUCUUAAAUAUUAAGCUAUCUGCGUAAAACAAAUCAAGUUUGUUUGUAAAACUUUGAUUAGUAAAGAACAACAAAAAAAAGUAUUUAAAAAAAAAACCAUAGAAUAAUUGGGCAGGAGAUGCUUAAUUCUUUCAAUGUUGAAGUCAGUUCAUGUAAAAUUCUUUAUCAAGCUUAUCUACAGGAUCCGUAGCGUGGGUGAGAGAAAUAUCAAAAAUCUUUUCUCUAAAAGAAGUUCUUUCAGGAAAUUAUCAGCUUUUACUUUCUGUUACUUUAAGUGUGUGCAUGCUGCAACAGCUUUGCAAGGCUUCAGAGGAAUAUGUACCUACGACACCCCUGCCCUUUCUUUUUCAAUAUUGUCUCCCAGUUGUGCCAUGUGAUAUAAUUACAGUCAACAUCAACUUCUAGGAUAUUUUUUAAUGUAACAACUAUGUUGAAAAACAAACUUUUAUUUUUCAGUUAUUCAUUUUAUUACACUUGAAUAUUUUUCUGCCCUUGUUAUGUAAAUGUUUUGUUUUUUUCCCCAACAUCAUCCUCAUCCACAUCAGCAGCAGCACAUGUCAACACAAACCUAUCUUAUUUAAUAAAGAAUAUUCCAUUAUUUCAA